CAGGAAAACAACAAAAUACUUUCGGUACUUUUCCCCCCCUACCGCUGUAAUGAUAAGCAGCGAGUGGAUCUCUCCACAUGGCUUAGGCCGUGCGAAUUUUGCUAGGUUUUGUCUUGAUGUCAUGAUGCUAUGCACAUACCUGAGAGGUGCCGAGUAACUCCCUCCUUCACAAAUGUCGCAAAUUCCGCCCCUUCUCGGUGAUGGCCAUGGCCGAUACCGCGUUCACAUAGUGGGGAACAGCGGCGCGGGCAAGUCCACACUGGGUGUGGAGCUCGCCUCCAUCCUUGGUGUGCCGUACAUCCCGCUCGACCCUCUCUUCUGGAACCCGAACUGGACUCCAAGCACUCCAGAGGAAUUCCAGGUCAAAGUUUUAAGACGCCUCAUGGAAGAUGAGAGAGGCUGGGUGGUCGACGGUAACUACGGAUCCAGACUCGGGGACCUCGUUACGGAGAGAAGAACAGACAUCGUGUGGUUGGAUCCGCCGUUCAUGCUAUAUUUUGCCCGUCUCGUCGUACGUACGCUGCAGAGGUUGUUCGGCCUCAAGGACAAUUGUGCACCUGGGUGCAGCGAGACCCUAGCACAUAUUUUCCUAUCGAAAGAGGAGAGUAUCCUGUACUGGGCGAUUGCCCACCAUUCAGUCGUGCGUCGCCGAGAAAGCGAGAAUCUGCAGAGGUGGGGGGUUCACGUGGGAGGGAACAUGAGGCGUAUCGGAGGUUGGGGAACAGUGCUCAAGCUGUGGAAACAGGCGGUUGUGGACAUGGUCAAAGGAAUGUAAUAGUCCACGUCGAUAGCUGCAUUGGCGGCUCAUAACAAUAUUAGCAGCGCUCGAGAUACUUAUGUAGUGUGCUGCAACUUACUCUCGAAAAGGGGUCCCUUUGCAGCUUGGGGUAACCGACUCGUGUGUUACUCAACAGGCUGCACUGAAUUUAUACCCUAGUAGCGUAGUCAGCUUAUCCAAUCCAAUCCAGUAAACAAGGGUCUAUGGC